AAUCAAUCUUUGCCAAGGAGUGGACGGAUUUUUGGAAGUAAAAUAAAGGUUUUUCGUGAAUAGAGAUCGGUUAUAUAAACGAUAUUUUAAGGAUAUUGAUCACAAAUGAUGGAAUAUAGGAGAGAAAGAGACAACCGUCCUGGAUACGAGAGUGGCGGUAGAAGUCGUAAGCGACAGAGGGAUGUGAUGAGCAUUCCUGGAGAAAGCUCAGCAGUGAAAAGGCCUGCCGUGUCUCUAAAAGAAGCUCCUGAAAUCACCGAAGAAGAGCGGGAACAGAUUUUAAAGAUGGUAGCUGAAACUGAACCCGAGGUUGAAGCUUUAGACUCCAGCACUUUGAAAAAGAUGUUGGUCUCUUUUGAUAAAAAAGUGAAGAAGAAUCAGGAAAUGAGAAUCAAAUAUUCAGAUAAUCCUGAGAAGUUCCUAGAAUCCGAGUUGGAUGUCCAUGAUGAAAUUCAAAAACUUCAUGUCAUUGCAACAGCCCCUGAGCUCUACAGCAUACUUGUUCAGCAAAAUGCAAUACCGACAAUAGUUGGGCUUUUAAGUCAUGAAAACUCUGAUAUUUCAAUCAGCAUAGUGGAGUUGUUAAUGGAACUAACAGAUGUAGAUAUCCUCAACGAGAGUGAAGAUGGAACUGAGGUUCUACUGGAUGCGUUGCUUGAGUGUCAGAUUAUGGCUCAGUUAGUCCAAAACUUGGAACGCUUGGAUGAAAACGUCAAAGAAGAAGCAGAUGGCGUUCACAAUACGCUAGGAACCGUGGAAAAUAUUACCGAGCUGAAACCGGAGAUCUGUAUCGCUGCUGGGGAGCAGGGCCUCAUCGCAUGGUUACUGAAAAGACUCAGGAAAACACCAGUGUAUGAUGCAAACAAGUUAUAUUGCAGUGAGAUUUUGUCGAUAUUAUUGCAAAAUACACAAGAAAACCGUCAGCUUCUUGGUGCUGUGAAUGGGAUUGACGUACUAUUACAAUGUCUCUCGGCAUACAAGCCACGUGAUCCGGAAACGGCCAAUGAAAUUGAAUAUAUGGAGAACUUGUUCAACUGCUUGUGUAGUUCAUUGAUGGCCGUUCCCAACCGAGAACGAUUCUUGAAAGGACAAGGAUUGCAACUUAUGAUACUGAUGUUGAGAGAGAAGAAAUUAUCUCGCCGCAGUGCGCUGAAGGUUCUGGACUAUGCGAUGCAGGGCGUUGAAGGAGCAGACAACUGCACGAAAUUUAUCGAUGUCCUCGGUCUGAGAAGCUUGUUCUCUUUAUUUAUGAAGCCGCCAAAAAGCAACAAAAAAAUCAGCUCAAAAGAGGGCGAAUACGAAGAACACGUGCUCUCCAUUUUGGCGUCGCUGUUUCGAAACUUGACUGGAAACCAACGAUCAAGAUUGGUUCAAAAAUUCGUUGAAAACGAUCAUAUUAAAGUGGACCGUCUCAUCGAGUUGCAUUUUAAAUAUUUCGAGAGAGUUCAGGAAUGCGAUAAUCAGAUCGAGAAACAAAAGAAUGCGAUGAUCAGGGAGGGUGAAGAGUUAGACGAAGCAACGGAGGAAGAUUUUUACCUACGAAGAUUGGACGCAGGCCUUUUCUCUCUUCAACUAAUCGAUUGUGCUGUGGUCGAGUGUUGCAGCUCGGGAACUGCUUCGAUUAAAACCCGUGUUCAAACUCUUCUGAACCAACAAGGUGGAAGUGUGAAGGACAUUCGUUCCGUUUUACGAGAAUAUGCGGCGAGUUUUGGCGACGAGAAAGGCAAAGAUCGCGAAGAAUUAGAAAAAAGAAGGAUUCUGUCGUUGGUGGAUCGAUUUUGAUUUUGAACAUUCUGCAAAGACACUGUAGAUCGUGUUUGCGACUCAACAAAUAUGUGUCUACCUCAAGAGUCGAGAUUGCCAGAAAGAAUUUGAUGAAAAUUCAGAAACAAGAGCUUCGUGACUGGCUUCGUGAAAGCUAAAUUUAAGCUAGGACUAUCGCUUACGAUUGUGAAAAACUUUAUGUUCUGUAAAUAUAAUAAGUCAAAAUCGAGUCAUACAAGAAGCUGUAUUUCCUCUUCUUCUUGAUGCGCUGUCAUUCCGUUUCUUUGUACAAUUAAAAUUCAAUUAAAUAUUUUCAU